UGAGGGAGGCAUUUCUCGUGGGAGCCGGUUGCCCGAGGGCCGCGACCUUGCGCUCCUAGAGGAUCUGCUCUUGUCACUCGUGUGGGGCUGGAGAAAAGAGCGCGGAAGAGGAACAUAGAGAAAGUGGCGCUGGAGUAGCGACAGGCGGCGCACCGAGUUCCCGCGAGGAUCAAUGACCUGACGAGGUGCCGGAGCCGCGCUCCCUCUCGGUGGCCGGGGUUGGUGGUGAGCCUGGUGCUCGCGGGCUGGAGGGCCGCAGCCUCCGCGGCGGAGGGAGUGCGGAGAAGGCAGAGUGGGAGCCGCGGCGGCGCUCGCGCGGCGGCUGCGGGGGGAAGGGCAGUUCCGGGCCGAGCCGCGCCUCAGGAGGGCGGCGGCUCUGCCGGCGCAGACUCAGGGCCCCGGCGGCAGUGGCGACUGGAGGAGGCAAGUUUGGAGGUUGUUGAUGCCCGAGUGAGCGACCGUCUGGGCCUCUGCCCUUAGGAGGCAACUCCCACGCAGGCCGCACGGGCGCCCUCGCGGCUGGGAGGCUCCGUUUCGGUUUCGCGGCGGCGGCGGCGUUGGCUUGAGGGGACCCGGGACACCUGAAUGCCCCCGGCCCCGGCUCUUCCGACGCGAUGGGGAAGGUGCUAUCCAAGAUCUUCGGGAACAAGGAAAUGCGAAUUCUCAUGUUGGGCCUGGACGCGGCCGGCAAGACAACAAUUCUGUACAAGUUGAAGCUGGGCCAGUCGGUGACCACCAUCCCCACCGUAGGUUUCAACGUGGAGACGGUGACUUACAAAAACGUCAAAUUCAACGUGUGGGAUGUGGGCGGCCAGGACAAGAUCCGGCCGCUCUGGCGGCAUUACUAUACCGGGACCCAGGGGCUGAUCUUCGUAGUGGACUGCGCCGACCGCGACCGCAUAGACGAGGCCCGCCAGGAACUGCACCGCAUUAUCAAUGACCGGGAGAUGAGGGACGCCAUAAUCCUCAUCUUCGCCAACAAGCAGGACCUGCCCGAUGCCAUGAAACCCCACGAGAUCCAGGAGAAACUGGGCCUGACCCGGAUUCGGGACAGGAACUGGUAUGUGCAGCCCUCCUGUGCCACCUCAGGGGACGGACUCUAUGAGGGGCUCACAUGGUUAACCUCUAACUACAAAUCCUAAUGAGCAUUCUCCAUCCACCCCCAGGAAGGAGAGAAAUCAAAAACCCAUUCAUAGGAUUAUCGCCACCAUCACCUCUUUCAAUUGCCACUUUUUCUUCUUUUGAAUUUGAACUCGGUAGUUACUGUUCUACGUUUGGGGGAGGGGGGGCGAGGGGUUUUCUUUCUUUUUUUUUCCGCCUUUCGUUAGGAUGUUCUGAUAUGACCUUUGACAUGAAUACAAAGUGCUAGGUGCACAUUUUGUUGACUUCCAGCAAAUGGGAUGGGGGAAAUAUAGCAGUUCUUGGUAAAGUCCUUUAUAAUAAUGGUUUGAUUUUUUAACUUCAAGAGAAUCUUUUUUUCCAAUGUAUGCUUUUUUCCUUUUUGCCCACUUUCCUUAUCACUUGCUGUAGAUGGCUUAUUUUGCAUUCAUGCAGACUAUGUUGCAGGUCUGUUUCAUCUAGUAAACUGAAAAUUAUUGCUUAAUCAAACUGCCGUUUGUCUUUUAUAUUUAAGGCCUUCCCCCCCCCUUUUAUGAGUUCUGACUUUAAAUUAGUAAAUUCAGAUGUGACCUUUUAUAUCUAAGACCAGUAUAUUAAACUUUGCCAAUACUUGGCAAAUAAUGGAUAAUACUGUAAUAUGUUCCAGUUGCACAUCAGUAUGUUAAAACAGGUAAUGUAAGAAGUUCUUGGUAAUGUCAGCUAUUAAGUUCUGAAACAUACAUCUUGCAUGAGUAGGGAUAACUCAAGUUCCCCAUUACAUAGUUAACUUACAACAGUAUAAAGGUAAUGCAAUCUGUCAAGGGAGGGCACUGAUUUUUUUGGGUCACUGCAGAGUUAGCAACUUUGCUGUGUUUUCCCUCGUUUAUAACUAAAUAGACUCCGCAGAAAAUAGAGCAAUAAUGGUGUACGCCACACACAGAUGAAAUAUUUGUAGAUAUUUUAAGUGACUUUUGGGCAAAACUGGAAUAUUUACCUUUGCCAUGUUUUGAUUGAGACCAAUCAUUUAAACAUUAUUAGGAUGUUUAUUCUGUUAAUAUUAAUAAAGCAUUUAAUUCAAAUUAUAGCACCUUUUACCUAGUUGGGAAAAUACACAUUCCUAUUUUUACUUUACAGCAACUGAUUUUUUUAAUAGAUGAAUGAUCCACAUCUCCAUUAAUUAGAACACUGGAAAAGAUGUUUUUUAAAAAAGGUAUUCUGUUUGAUUGUAGGAUUAACUCAUGCAAGUAGUCAGUUACUCUGUUGGUUCAGUACUAUGCUAUCUCCUUUACAGUAGGAAAAAUGAGUGAUGUGUAGACUUGAGGAAUGACAAUAGUAGGGGAAAUAGGAUGAAGAGAAAGAACCUACAGAUGACGAUGAAUGUACGCUUAACUUCAAGGGUAAGCAGUGUGCUCACUGGUGAUACUUAGGGCCUAACAAGAUAACUUGCUUAACUGGUUAGGGCCAGAAACUAGCUUAUUAAGACCACUAUGAUAAUACUUAGAGCCAAAUGUUAAUGCUUGAGAUGAAUUUGAAGCAGCAUCUGGUUUCUAUGUAGCCUUAAGGAUUAAUUUUAGAGAUCCUCAAGGAAUUAAACUUAGGGAAUUUCAGAAAAGCAGACUGCAGAGGCAGUAGACAAUAAAAGGUGGAGUGGGCUUUGUUUAUGAGGGUGUCUGAAAAUUUAAAAUUGAGCGGGCUAUCAUGGUAUAUAGUUGGACAGUACUGGUCCUUCGUGCUUUGGCCAUAUUGUAUAAUGGAGCUUUUACCAAAGAUGUAUGAAAAGAAUAAGGCUAUGAAAAAUUAAUCAAAGUAAAACUCUUGGCAAGCGUUUUAUUUACAGCAGAUGAGAAAAGGUGCUAUGUUGUAGGCUCCUGUUGGUGCAGAGGGAUUUUUUAAUGUAAAAUGCAACUGAAGUAUAAAAUUCUCAGUUUCACUUUAGUAGAACUGUCUCUAGAAAUGAAGCUGACAGACCAUGUAAGAACAUUUUAUUUAGUUGCUUUUAAAAUUCCCAAAGCUCCACUGUAAGUUUAAUUCUUAGUGUUUUAAUGAUUACAUUUUAAGGUACAUAAACAAAAAUAUCAAUGCUAUAGUAACAUCCUGAAAUAAGACAAGCACAAAGGUAUAAAUGCCUAAACUGGAGGAAACUUGAACCCUCAUAUUCUUAAAUGUAUUAUUUCUAACUUGUGACAGAUUGGUAGACAGCCAUUUUUUGUGUGUCUUAAAGUAACUGGGGGGCAUAGUUAAAAUUUUAUACAGUGAAUUGCUUUGAAUGUUGCAGGUGAGGUGUUAUUUUUAGUUAUUUUGAAAUGUCUAACAAAAACGGGGGAGGGAAAAGCAAAUACUUGAAAUUUGGAACACCCUAAACUUUUGGCAAGAAAUUGUAAUUUUACUAUAUUUUCUUUAACAAUAUUAAAGUUUGAUAAUUGAUGUAGUUUAAAUUGAACCAUAACAUUGGUGAUCCUGGGGCAGCUAAUUAUAGCCUGCAGAAGAAGUUAUAAUCUAAGAAUUAAAAAAAAAAAAGAUUUGAGUUUUUGUUUAAUUGCAUCAAUUUCUGUAUUUAUGUGAAUUUAUAAACUGCAGUAAGUUUUGAAUGGGGUUAAAUCUUGUCUAAUAUAAGUAAAUGAGUCUGUAGACUGUGAUCUCCCCAAACUAAAAAGUACAGUACUUGGAAUUGUGUUCUUUAUGGUUGUAGUGUUGGUAAAGCACUAAUAUGCAGAAAAUAAAGGAAUUACACAGUG